AAGAGCGAUAACGAAAAUCAAAGAAUCAACCGCCUGAAACCAAGAACUGCAACAAGUAGUGUAGAGCUGACUGAGCUCCCUUUCUUCCUUCUGAUUCCUCCUUUCUCCUAUGCUAUAAAUGCAUUCUUCACCGUUGUCCAUCUCCGCCGCAUCCCUAACCAUCUUCACAAUCAAUCCUUGCCCGGAGGAUUGCCGCCGCUUCGCGUCAAAUGGCUUCUCUCCCUUUCUCCAGGCAAGGAAUACAAUCAGUAAUGGCACGCUACAAUCACCACCACCAGUAACUCGUCGGCGUAACUUGGCGCGGAAAUUCAAUGCGAAUUGCCGCGCGCUCCAGAGCGAUGGAGUCGCUGGAGGACAAACGGGGAAAGUAGAAGGAGAAGGAGAAGGAGAAGGAGAGGAAAGUUUGCAGCUAGUAACAGCUGUGCGAAGCAAGUACAACGACAUCGCAAUUGUCGAUACUCCUACCGCUAGGGUUCUGCUCCUCGACUCUACUCAUAGUGUGCAUAGCGUUCUUCAGAAGGGACAGAAAUGGACAGAUUCGUAUUGGGACGAGUUUGCAAGCUUACCGCCUAUAGUUCCAGAAGGUCCCAUUUCGAUACUAGGCCUGGGUGGUGGCACUGCUGCACAUCUGAUGCUUGACUUAUGGCCUUCAUUGGAGCUUGAAGGAUGGGAAAUUGAUGACAUUUUGAUCCAUAAAGCAAGAGUCUACUUCGGGCUAUCGGAUUUGGAGAAGCACACUCCAGCUGGUGGUAGACUUCAUGUUCGCAUCGGGGAUGCACUUUCCCCUGCUGAAAACGAUUCUGGGAGAUAUGCCGGUGAGUGUUUCUUCGGCAAAUUUAAGUUGAUAACUGAAAGCAUAAUUGUCGACUUGUUCAGUGAGGGAAAGGUGCUGCCACAACUGGAACUGGUCUCCACUUGGUUGGAAAUGAAGAGAAGAUUGAUGCCGGAUGGUCGCAUCAUGGUGAACUGUGCUGGCAUUCACGGGACAGCAGACUCAAUAGAUCGAACGAACCACAACCUUGAAGCGGCGCCUGGUGGCGACUGGGUUGAACACGACGUUAUCAAGGCGAUGUCUGAAGCAUUUCCCGGGCAGUUAUGUUGGAAGAGGAUGGAAGAAGAUAAGGGUGCAAACUACCUUGCAUUGACGGGCCCGCUUCCAGACCUGUCGUCAUGGUCCGCCAUGGUGCCAGAUCGUUUGAAGGCAAGUGUGGGACAGUGGAAGCCAUGUGAUUCCGCAAAAGGGAAACAGCAAUCAGCUCUCUAGGGCACUGAUAGAUAGAGAAAGCUAAAAAGCAGACGGUGGGCAGGGAGACAUGAUAAAAAGGGGUUGCCGUACUUGCACCACAAGGCACGCCAAAACACCAACGAACAACAAAUGGCGGAAUGAAGAAAAAUCAUUACACGGUGGUAUUAAUCAAGAAAAAGAAGAAUAAUACACUGAUAAAGAUGAUUUUGCAUUAAGGUUGUCAUUCAUUGUUAUUAAAUGGACCAUGACAUGAUAUGAGUUCUUAUUAUCUUUUGGAAGAAACAUCCACAGUGAUGCCUUUUCGAUUUACCAACACCGAAGCAAUUUGUGUACUGUUCUAUAUCCUUGCUACUCAUCUACCCUUUUUCUUUCUGUUGCAGCUUCUUCUAACAGCUGAGAUGUUUUAUAUGAACUACCACAUCCCUAAAGUCAUAACCUUUCAAUCUACUUCCUUUCUGUUCAAGCACGCCCUACUAUGACAGCUUCUACCUAUUCUCUUGUGUCGUGUGAUGGUUUCGCAGUUUCAUGAUUUGGGUUGCCUAUCGGCGAGUGGUCUCCCAUAGGCGAGUGGCUAAAUCGUGUAGUAGAUUCGGCGCUUGCCAUGUUGUCUGGUUUCACUUGCUUUACAGGGCAUUGCGGUUUGUUCCCCCAGUCCCAUUGCUGGCACCUAACAAAGGUUCAACACCAAAAAGAGCUCAAACACACAACAUCAAGGAUGAAUAAGCAAAACCCAACAGGGACCAUUAGGUAACGUAACGAUACAAACAAAACGGUAGAGCUUCAGUUCAUCAAACACACACACAAUAGCGAAAAGAAACUGAAACCCAUUAUAUUAGUAGUAAAGUCUGGAGGAGGUUUCAAGCUUAGAACAUCAUCACUGAAGCACAUAAUACUACUACUAUGAGAAAAGCAUCAUUCUCUGAGCAAAACGGCCGACAGCAGCACAAGGGUAGAAUAGCAUAACAAUACGACAGUCGUCCCGUAAAAAAGACCAGGAAUCCAGCACUGUCCCUUUUCUCCCGCCAUAUCCUUCUCUCUUCACUAUCUCAAACUCUCUUUCUCUCUUCUUCUAUCUCAAACUCUGUUUUACGGCCUUCUCGAAAGACCGGGUGCCCUACUAACUCAUCAGCAAGCCUCACCACAUUACUUUCAACUGUACAA